AUGAAAAGAAUUCUAGGAAUUAGAGUACAUGCAUCGCAUGUUUCCCAAUUUUGCCAAAGAAGAACCGUGGUGAGUGGCGCGGGUACCGCAAGUGCAGCUGGAGCAGUAAAGAAAACCUUCAAUGGUACAGAAACCAAACCUGCAUUUGCAGCAAAGUCGGAGGUCAGCAGUGGGAACAACUUAAAGGAAUAUGCAAGUGGUAUAAAUUCUAGGCUCGGCGGCACUCCUUUGGAGGUCCGUAGCGCCCCCGAUGACACCGUGAACAGCAGUUAUAAGCCGGGCAGGGGAGACAUUGACUGGUACACUUCAUGGUAUGGGUUAGGUAUGAAGUCAUUCGAACCGAAUGUUCAGAAAGAACUAGUCGAGCCUUUGAACCCCAAGGAUAUCGAAAUUAAGCCCGACGGGUUGAUAUACUUGCCCGAAAUCAAGUACCGUAGGAUUUUGAACAAGGCUUUUGGAGCGGGUGGUUGGGGGUUGGUUCCAAGAUCGCAAACUAUAGUGACGUCCAAGCUGGUGACGAGGGAGUACGGCCUAAUUUGUCAUGGCCAAUUGAUCAGCGUGGCUAGGGGGGAACAAGACUAUUUCAACGAAUCCGGUAUACCAACCGCUACAGAGGGCUGUAAGAGUAACGCAUUGAUGAGAUGUUGCAAAGAUCUCAGUGUCGGGUCUGAACUGUGGGAUCCUGUUUUCAUAAAGAAAUUCAAGGUCGAACACUGCACUGAAAAGUUUGUCGAGCAUGUUACCACCAAGAGGAAGAAGAAGAUCUGGUUAAGAAAGGACAGACAAGUUGAAUACCCUUAUAAAUAG